UCCGAGAACUGGCUUUUGGCCUGAUCGGAUCAGAAUGGACGCUAUAAAAGCCCAACAGCCACGGGCAGCUGUCAAUUAGUUACGUUCCAAGCGUCGCGCCGAUCACAGAAGCCAACAUGAAGUUCGCCGUUGUCGUAGUCUUGUUCGCUCUGGCCUGGGGUGUCAACUGCUCGGUGGUGCCGCUGCUGACCUCUGCCCAUGGCUCCGCCGUGAUCCUGGGUGCUCCGGCCGGCUCCGUGGCCGUGCACGCCUCCGCUGUGCCCAUUGCCAUUGCCCCGGCUGGACCCAUUCUGGUGCAGUCGCCGGCCCAUGCGAUUGCCCAUGCUGCUCCAGUUGUGGUGGCUGCUCCGGCGCCCGCCGUGGUCGCCGUUGCCGCUGCGCCCGCCUCGUAUGUGGCCAAGACGCGCGGUGCCGUGCAUGUCGCCCCACUGCCCGGACAUGUCCAGAGCGCCGCCUCCGUCAACCUGGAGCCCGCACCGGGCACUUGGUAAAGCGCCGAAAGAGAUCACACUCUGGGAUUACAAUUGCAACAGCAGACCUGCCUUUGACCUUGCCAUCGAUUCGUUUUUAGUUCUUCGUUUAUUUUGUUUAUUUCCCGAAAGGUUUUCCUCCUACACACAUCUUACUGCUAUCUAAGUCACUCUUCGCCUCUAAUCAGCAGCUGCCUUUUGCCAGCUCUUCUCCUACUCUACUUAUUCUGGUCUACUUUAUGUACUUCUAUUCUUUACGAUCUGUUAACCAAAUGAAAUCCUAAACAUGCACCCACUGUCAUAAUAAAUAUUCUUAAAAUCAAAA